AUGGCGGCUUCCCUUCUUCUGAACCGUGUUUCACGCUCUGUUUCUCUCCAUCGGGUCGGAGGAGCUCUGAGUUUCAGCUCCCUCGAUGCUCAAUUUCUCGUUGGGAGAAUCUCCGGAACACUCUUUCGAGGGAGAUCAUUGGCUACUCUAGCUGAAGGAGGAGCGUCUUGUUUUGAUGAGAUGGUAUCAGCCAACCAGAGAAAGUAUUACCUUCUGGGAGGUAAAGGAGGUGUGGGGAAAACAAGCUGUGCUGCUUCUCUGGCGGUUAAGUUUGCUAGCCAUGGUCAUCCCACCAUUGUGGUUUCAACUGAUCCUGCUCACUCCUUGAGUGAUUCUUUCUCUCAGGACUUGUCAGGAGGAGUGUUAAAGCCUGUUCAAGGUGUUGAUUCUCCACUUCUAGCUCUCGAGAUAACACCAGAGAGAAUGAAGGAAGAGAUUAAAAACCAGGCGGGUGAUAAAAGCGUUAAAAACAUGAUGGAUAGCAUGGGGCUAGGAAUGUUUGCCGGCGAGUUAGGAGACUUGAAUCUUGAAGAUAUGCUCAAUGCUGCAUCACCUGGUAUUGACGAAAUAGCUGCUAUAUCCAAGGUUCUUCAGUUUGUGGAGUCACCAGAGUAUAGUAAAUUCACACGUAUAGUUUUCGAUACUGCUCCCACGGGACAUACUCUGCGACUUCUUUCUCUGCCUGACUUCUAUGAUUCAUCCAUUAGCAAAAUAACAAAGCUCAAGAAAAAGAUCACUGCUGCAGCGUCAGCCUUUACGUCCGUUUUUGGUAAAAAAAAAGAGAUACAAGAACAAGGACCUUCCAAUGAGCUGGAUCAACUGAAAGAAAGAAUGGAGAAAGUUCGAAAUGUUUUCCGUGAUGUGGACACUACUGAGUUUGUCAUUGUAACCAUCCCAACGGUAAUGGCAAUAAACGAGACUUCGAGGUUACAUGAAUCUUUAAGAAAAGAGAAUGUGCCAGUUCACAGGCUUAUUGUUAAUCAGCUUCUACCUCAUUCUGAAUCCGACUGCAAAUUUUGCUCAGUGAGACGAAAGGAACAAACGCGUGUGCUCGGACUUAUUCAGAAGGAUACAGAACUUUCCGGGUUGAAACUGAUACAAUCCCCAUUGCUAGAUGCAGAAAUAAGAGGGGUUCCAGCACUUAAGUUCAUGGGUGAUCUCAUUUGGAAAUAAGAUCGUCAAAUUUUCGGCUUUUAUUUCAUUUUUUUAAAAAUAUGAAAUUCUAGAUGAAGAGAGGAAAACAAAUUACCAAUGUUAUUAACUUUUAAGCCAAGAAAUUAUGGCUAUGCGAAGUCACACAGUAGACAAGAGAGAUUAGGACAAUGAAAAAUUGUCUGCG